AUGGCGAAAGAUGCCUUGACCUGGUUCUCUAACCUCCCCGCCGAGUCGAUCGAUAACUUCGACGACCUAACCAAUGCUUUUCUAAAGCAUUACUCCAUGCACAUGACCCGAAUCACUCGGAACAUGUUCACCACAACGCAAACCCAAGGCGAACCAUUGCGCAGCUUUAUGGAAAGGUUCAAACAAGCAGCUCGCGACACUGGCGACAUGCCCGAUAGCGUCCCGCUGGAAGCACUCCGCAACGGCCUCUGGUACGACUCCAAGUUUAAGGAGGAUUUGUCACUAAAACCCCCUGCGACUCUGGAGGACGCGUUCCACCGCUCUCGGAACUACAUCUUCCUCGAGGAAGACCAACGCUUCUACGCCGAGAAGCAUGGAGAUAGGAGGGCAACCUCGUCGAAACCCAGAGAGGAACCCAUGGAGGCACGAAGAAGACACGAUCCGAAGAGGUCUCUCCUCGCAGCGUUCGCAGCAGCCGACGAUGAGUCCGAGCAAGAACACGCAGCGGCUUUCGAUGCCACAGGACAUCAACUCGCUCGGAGAUGA